CAUUACUACGAGGCUGCCAUUAUGGGUGAAGAGAGGAAUUCAACAAAUUAUUCUACUGCUUACUAGUUGAAAUGGUGACAGAAUUGUUAUGGGUGUUUCUUGAUUUUUUAUGCUUGCUAACUGUUAAUCACAACUCUCAAGGACUCUGCAUUUUCAGGCCUCCCAUUGCUCCUUCUUCCACCUUUUUACAUGAUUAAUUAAUUUCUUUCAUACCCAAUAAAUAAUUAAGAUUCUACUAUUCAAGACAAGAUAUUAUAAAGAAUCAAUAAAGAUGAGGAAGGAGAUCAAAACCCAGUUCAGUUCCUUUUAGAAACACCAUACGUACACUUUCCUAGCUGCUAACUGUAAACUCCUCAAGGACAGAAAUUCCAUUAAUGUUGGAGAGAGCAGCAUGUGGGAGCAUUAAGUCCAGGUACCCCACCUUUCAGAUUUUUAGCUUCAAACACAGCACUCAGCUUUUUUAUGUUAUGCUUAAUACUCUUGCUGUUCUUUUUUUGCUCAUCUGCCUCCUCAACAAUCCAAUGAAAACAGCUUCUUAUGGGAUUUCAUCACUCUUAUGACUGCAUUCCCCCUGCAUGUUCUUCGUUUCCGCUUGAUGGUGCUUUGCACCUUGCUUCAAAACCAAACACUCUGGCAAGUUCCGACUUCCAGAUUUUGAAUCCAAGGCUUUGCACAUCUUCUUCAUAGAAAAUAACAAGAACCCAGAUCUUAGUUUAUUCUGGUUUUGAUUUAAUCAGACAAGCAGACACCAUUUUACUUUCUCAGUAAAAAUGAAAAGGGAGAAGUUGAUGAUGGGGACUUUUGGCUUGGUUUUGUUAUUGUGUCUUACAUGGAAUAUGUUCCUGUUGGGUACCUGCCAACUCCAAUCCUCUCAAGCACAAGUUCUUCUUCAGCUUAAAAAGCAUUUAGAAUACCCAAAGCAGCUAGAGAUGUGGUAUGAUCGUCGGACAGAUUUUUGUUCUUUGGCUUCGUCGCCACACCUAAACAUCACAUGUAAUUUCAGCUCUGUGACAGGACUCAGAAUCAUGGGUGAUAAACAUGUGAAGCUGAGUGAACUUGAUGGUUUUUCACUUUCAAACCAGACACUAUCAGAGAGAUUCUCCAUGGAUUCCUUUGUCACUACUCUAUCAAGACUGACAGGGCUAAGAGCUCUUAGUUUGGUGUCUUUGGGCAUAUGGGGUCCCCUUCCUGAUAAGAUUCAUAGGUUAUCUUCACUUGAGUAUCUGGAUUUGAGUUCUAAUUUUCUCUUUGGUUCCAUUCCUCCGAAGAUUUCCACAAUGGUGAGACUUCAGACUGUUAUAUUUGAUGACAAUUUCUUGAAUGACACGGUUCCUGGCUGGGUCAAUUCCUUAUCCAAUCUGACAGUUCUUAGUUUGAGGAACAAUAGGUUGAAUGGCCGGUUGCCUGAUCUUAGUAGCUUAAGUAAGCUUCGAGUGUUGGAUUUGAGCAGCAACAAUUUAGAUUCUAAGUUACCCACAUUGCCUAAAGGGCUACUCAUGGCUUUCCUUAGUAACAACUCCUUCUCAGGAGAGAUUGAUCAGAAGCAAUAUAGCUGGCUAAGUAAGGUUCAACACAUAGAUAUUUCCUCCAAUCGACUCAGUGGAACACCUCCUGCAGCACUUUUCUCACUGCCAAAUAUUAGCUAUUUGAAUUUGGCAUCAAAUAUGUUGAGUGGUUCACUUCCAAGUGAUCUACAGUGUGGCAGCAAACUUGAAUUUGUCGACAUAUCAAACAAUAGGUUCACAGGAGAAGUGCCUUCUUUGAGCAGUGACCUGGAAGACAGUGUUUAAGCUUGGUGGAACUGUCUAUCCAUGACAUACAUCAUCAGCAUGCAGAAUCAUAUGCAUAGACACGGACACAAAGGGGAUACAUCAGGGGGAAGAAACAUUGGGGUUUUAGUGGGUUUGGUUGUAGCAAUCUUUGCUGUUGGGGUGCUUUUGGCUUUUGGCUUCCUCGUUGUGUUUAGAAGUUAUUGCGCACGAGGGAUAUCAGAGCAGCAUUUGCUGCAUAAAUCAGUGCAAGAUAAUUUAGCAGCAGGGUUCUCUUCUGAACUCCUAACAAAUGCAAGGUUUAUCUCCGAAGCAGCAAAGAUGGGUACAGAAGGUAUCCCAGCAUGUAGGCAGUUUACUUUAGAAGAGUUAAUGGAAGCCACAAACAGUUUUCAUAACUCUACCAUUAUUGGUGAAGGAUCAUAUGGAAAGCUUUACAAAGGAAGAUUGGAGAAUGGGACACAAGUUGCUAUAAGGUGUCUACCCUCGUCAAAGAAAUUUACGAUUCGAAAUCUGAAACUCAGGUUGGAUUUGCUUGCAAGGCUUCGCCAUCCGCAUUUGGUUUACCUUCUGGGACACUGCAUGGAUAAUGGCGGACGGGAUGAUUACAAUGUGAACAAAGUUUUUCUUGUAUACGAAUACAUGCCAAAUGGAAAUUUCAGCACUCAUCUUUCUGAAACUAACCCAGGAAAGAUUCUUAGUUGGCCAGAAAGAUUGGCAGUCUUACUGGGUGUUGCUAAGGCUGUGCACUUCUUGCAUACUGGAGUUAUUCCUGGUUUCUUCAAUAACAAAUUGAAGACACAUAACAUCUUGCUCAAUCAGCAUCAACUGGCAAAGUUAAGUGAUUACGGGCUUGCAAUAAUUUCAGAAGAUAAUAACCAUCAUGAGGCAAAAGGAGACCACCUCAAUUCCUGGCAAAUGACCAAGUUAGAAGAUGAUAUUUUCAGUUUUGGAUUUAUAUUACUCGAGUCUCUGGUUGGACCUUUAGUCUCUGCAAAGAGAGAGAUGUUUCUGCGGGAUGAAUUGGCAUCCUUCGACAGCCAGGAAGGUCGAAUAAAAGUUGUGAAUCCAACUGUUCUGGCAACUUGCUCACAAGAAUCUCUGUCAAUUGUGAUAUCCGUAAUGAAGAAAUGCAUUGUACCUGAGUCGAGUCGUCCUUCCUUUGAAGACAUUUUAUGGAACUUACAGUAUGCUGCUCAGAUCCAGGCAACAGCAGAUGGUGACCAAAGAUUCAACAAUGCCUCAUAAUGAUAGAGUUCUACAUCUUCAAAGAAUCACCUAAAUCAUCUACUCCCUUUCCUUCUUUCUUCCUUCGUAGUGAGGAAAGUAGAUAGCCUAGCAGCAACUGUGAGAGUUCUUGUCAACAAAUGGACAGUUACAAAUUAGUAUCAUCAUUUCCAUUAAGAACUCAUUGUAUAUAUAGGCUCUUGUUUUGCAUCAACUGCAAAUUAGACAACCAAUUAAUGGGAAAGAAAGAUUUUCUAUGCC